AUGCAGCUCAACAGACAUUCGGGUCCCUCCAUUCGAACCAUUCCGGUUGUACUCAACCCUGGUGAAUCCGAGAAUGCUUCUGCAGCACAGUUUCAAAACUGGGUGGAGCGAGCGCGGGGGCUGCCGUCCUAUAAAUCUCUUCGAGCUAGUUUCUCUGAAAUCGAUAUUCGUUUGGAGAGAUGCUUGAGCUUGGACUUCGCAAAGUCAAAAGCUAGGCGUCAGCUCCCGGGACCUCGUCCCCAACAUCAUGAGGCGUCUACACCUCCUGCUCCCCCUGUGAGUACCGAUGCUCGUUAUCUCGAGCCGGCUGCCCCAGCCACUGGUCAGAGCCUGAGCUCAGCUGCCGACCUGUCUUCUUCCCACCCUAGUGGGAAGCGCUCAGCGCCUGGCGACGCUGUCGCACGCCAUGGUGGCGUUCUAGCACCGAAUGUGCCUGAUCAUAAGCGUCCACGACGCCAGGGCAAUCUUGCCGGGGGGAAACCUCAAACUCCCAAGAGAUAUGUAAGUGAGGGUAACGCCUCCACUUCACCAGAAAUUGGGUAUGACCCCGGCGACGUCGUCGCGCCACAAGGCGUUCCACGUGGUAGCUGA